AUGGAGAGAAUUACUGGAGAAGAUAUAAACGCUUGGUGCUGUAGCAAAGGGAAAGAACCCAAGAAAUGCUUGAGUGUAGUUGGGGAUUUUACCGAAUUUUCUGACGAAGAAAUAAUAGAAAAACUAGCAAGAUUGUAUGGCAUAAUUAAGCCCAGGAUAGUAGACAAGUGGAUGAUAGGAGGACUAGGAAAAACAACUGCAAUGCUCAUAGAAACUGAUAGAGAAUUAGAUGUUGAAGUGAUACCUUCAGUAGUAGUGGCAAAUGAAGAGAUUGGAAGAAGGUGGAGUAUUAUGUGGCCCAACAUACAGAACAAAGAAACGACUGGUACUAGUACACUAAUAACCGUCUCACCUCCUAGCAAUCCCAAUAGGGGUGAAGAGAGUGGUGAAGGAAGGAACGUGGAUACUCACAACAUCAGUGCUAAUACAAGCAACAAUCAGUUUGAGACUGUCAUGGAUAGAGUGGUCACUAAAUUAGAGAGAUGGCAUUAUGAGGGGAGUUACCGACGGUUGCGGGUAUUCUCCGGAAUUACUCCUGUACCAUUGGGAGAAGAGACGUAUGAGGCUUGGAAAGAAGCCUCGGUACAACAAACCGAAGAAUGGCAAUGCCCAGAUCGCAUUAAAAGACAAAGGGUAGUAGAAAGCCUGAGGGGGCCAGCUAUGGGGAUCAUUCAGGCAGCCAGGCGCAGUAAUCCAAAUGCUACCUUGGAAACCUACUUCGAAUCUUUAGACUACGCUUACGGAACACUUGAAGACGUUGGGGAACUUACUUCUAGAUUAUAUCAUACUCUUCAAGAAUCAGGGGAAAAAUUAAGUACAUUUCUAAUUAGAUUGGAUAAAUUAUUAUAUAAGAUAGUAGAUAAAGGAGGUAUAGCUAAAGAAGAUGUCGAUAAAAACAGGAUGAAACAAUUACUGCGAGGAGCAUCCACCCUAGAUCCGGUUGCCCAGAAAUUGAGAUGUUCAGGUGCAAGAGAGCCCCAUCCCACCUUCAACGAGUUACUGAAAGAAAUAAAACAUGAGGAGGUUUUGAUAGAGAUGAGAGAGAAAGUCGUAAAAAAAGGUCAAAGUGGUGCAACCGGUAGCUGA